AUGAAAGAUGGUGACUGGGCUGGGGUCUCUGCCACCGCCACCCCCUCCCUGUGGUCAGGGAGCUGGGCUCAGGAGGCCUUCGGGGUGCGGGAGGAAGAAGGGCCAGGACAGAGCUCUGCAGACUCACCGUCCGCCAAGACCAGGGGUGGCCUGCUGGCAGGUCAGAAGGAACACGCACGUACACACGGCAGAGAACAACUCACACCAUGGAGGGAAAGAUUUCACACCAUAGAGGGAAAGAUUUCAAAAGACGCACCACGACCCAAAAGGGGGCCCAAGAAGGAACCGAACUCGUCCAGAGGCAAACACCAGCAUCAGAGCGUCUCCGGCUUGAGAGAGGAGCACAGAGCUGCCCUUUGUCUCACUGAGGAAGGAAUUUCACUGCCCAGGUUCAAGCCCUGA